AAAGUUGUUGGAAGUUAGAAAGAAAUCAAAAACAUAUGCAGUAUGUAACACUUGUAAUAAAUUAUAUGAUGUUAAAGAAAUUAUACCAUUGCUGAUAAAAGUCCUGGUAGUUGAUGGAUACAUAUGGAGACCAAAAAUGUUAUACCCGAUACCAUGUUUAAAGACCCAAAUAUUUACAAUGUACAAAAGGCCAGGUUUUGAACAGCUUUUAAGAAAAUGGGUCGAUCGUGAUAUUGGGCCUGAAAU